AUGUAAAAAUUAAGGAACAUUUAUAAGAAUUUUUAUGAAAAUGUAGUAAAAGGAGGUUAGAAAAUAGAUGCUCCUCCUAAAUACAAUUUUAAGGGAUAAAAAUAAGAUUAUAAAGAUUUUUAGAGAGGUCCAUAGUUGACAAGAGAAUAAUUAGCUUAAAAGUAUAUACAUAUUUAAUUUAUAGUUAGAAGUUAGAUGAAGAAUUGAAACCAUAAUCAAGAGAAUUAAGAUUGAAAAAUGCUUUUUAUUUUUGCAUUUAUAUGGGAUGGUUUGCAGGAGUCAUAUUAUUUGUGAUGUAUAGAUUAGGAAGUGAUGAAAUUGGAGAUAUGGAAAGAUCAGCCAAAGAAAGGUAACUUUGUAUAUUAUAUUAAGAAUUCGUUUACGUGAAAGCUUAAAGAAAGAAAAUUAAAAAUGAUUCAAAAUGGCAUUCUUAAUUUCAC